UUUUUUUCUUUCGUAGGCUGACGAUGAUCAACACGAUCUCUCUCCGCCUUCCCCCCCCCCCCCCCUGCAGGAUGCAGCCCAAGAUGGAGGUGGGUGGGUGGCUAACGUUGCUUCUGAAAAAGGAGGGCCUUUACUCAUGGCCCGCCAUAUUUAUAUCUACGUGUAUAUAUAUAUAUAUCAACAUGGGGACGAUCCCAUCCCCCAGAAUCUAAUUGUACCAUUCCCCAUCUGUUGAUUCUUCCUUCACUCUUUCGGCGAGAAAUCAACAACAUAUAAUAUAGCGAGUUAGUGGCAGCAAGAAAAGAAAAAGAAAAAAGAACAUGGCAAGACUACUCCCCAGCCUCCUCCUCAGCGGGGCACUCACCUCCGCCCUCUCGCUCGACGUAAAAGACGCCGCCUCCAUAAAAAACGUCGCCGCGCAAGUCGCGAAGGGGAUCUACUACUACCACGACGCGAGCGCGAGCACGGGGCAGUUCCGGCAGCCGCAGCCGUGGUUCUGGUGGCUGUCGGGAUCGGCGUGGAACGGGCUGAUGGAGUACACCAUCUUCACGAACGACAGCACCUACAAAGCGGACCUGCUGGACUCGCUGGCCAAGAACGUGGGGCCGAACUACGACUUCGCGCCCGCCGAGCAGGCCAGCUGGGAGGCCAACGACGACCAGGUCUACUGGGUGUACAACGCGCUGACGGCGCUGGAGUACAACUUCGAGCCGCUGCCCUGCCAAACCGGGGGCACCGCCGGCGGCUGCAGCUGCGCCAACUCCUGGCUCUCGAUCAGCACGAACGCGUUCGAGGAGUUCGUCGCGCGCUGGAACAAGGACAGCGCGACGUGCGGCGGCGGGCUCAAGUGGCAGUACACCGAGAGCGCCAAGGGGUACUUCUACAAGAACUCCGUGACCAACGGCGGCUUCUUCCAGACCGCCGCGCGGCUGGCGCGGUACACGGGGAACCAGACGUUCGCGGACUGGGCGACCAAGAUCUGGGACUGGUCGUCCGCGGCGGCGGGCGUGGGCCUGGUGACCGCGGACUUCCACGUCUACGACGGCGCCGGCGACGCGCAGGGCGAGGACUGCAAGAGCCCCGACAAGACGGAGUGGAGCUACAACAUCGCGUCCUACCUGCACGGCGCCGCGCACAUGUACGCCUUCACCAACGGCGACGCGACCUGGGAGUCGCGCGUCCAGUCCCUGCUCUCGAGCGCGAAGCAAACCUUCUUCAGCCCGACCCCGGACGCGCCAAACGUCAUGUUCGAGCCCAAGUGCGAGCCGACGUCGACGUGCAACAUCGACCAGACGAGCUUCAAGGCGAGCCUGUCGCGGUGGCUCGGGAAGACGGCGGUGCUGGUGCCGAGCGUGAAGAGCACCGUCGUCGAGCUGCUGGAGGCGUCGGCGCGGGGGGCGGCGGCGAGCUGUACGGGGUACGAGAACUCGACGUGCGGCGUCAAGUGGAGCGCCGGCACGUUCGACGGGUACUCGGAUGUGGGCGUGGAGCUGAGCGCGCUGGAGACGAUACAGAGUCUGCUGGCGGUGGAGGGGCCGAAGUUGGGGGUUUUCAAGCCGAGUAAACGGCGGUAGAUGGCAUACGGCUUACAUGGAAUCUGGUUUGGUUUGGAAAAGGGAAAGCGAUAUAGGGUAUUGCGCUUGAACAUGUAUCUAACUGUAGGAUAGAUAUUCUAGACUGUAUAUAGGUCGCUUGUAUUAUUUGGCACUGGAUUUUGAAGGGAAAUAAAUAAUUAGGUACCCCUUA